GAUAAACUUCGAUUUCAAAAUCUUCAAUCGAAGUUUAACCUCUGAGGAUAAAAUCGAAACAGAGAGAUUCAAAAAGCUCUGAUUUAGAGAGAAGAAGAAGAAGAUGGGAGGCGAAGAGGAGACGAAGAAGAGAGUGGUAACUGAAUCGCUGGGAUGGUUAACGGAAUCUUCGAUUAUGCCAAAGAAGCAGCGCGCCAUCGAAGGUGUAGGUCCUUCUUCGAUCAUGGAGCUUAAAGCUCAGCUCUAUAAUUCUCAGGAAGAAGCUAAACUGACCAAGGAUUUGAACGGAUCCGAUGCUCAGUACCAUCGCGCUAAAGAAAGGAUUGCCGCGAAAGACUCUUUCUCCGCGAAAAACUCCGGCGUCGAGAGUCGCAAUCUUAAGGACAAGCUUGAGCACAAAGCCGUUAAAGAAGGAGCAGUUAGUUAUGCAGCAUUGGAGAAAAAGGCUCAGUUGUAUGAGAAACUUGUUAGAGGAGAGCUAUCUGACGAAGAAGGUGAAGAGAAGUACUGUGUUGAUUUCUUCAGGAAAGGAAUUGAACAUGAAGAUCCAAAACCAUCGAGGAGUUACAACAGUUCCAUUUCAGCACCGCCUGAAGAUUUAAAACAUGAUGAUGAAGACGACGGUUCGCUGUUUAGCACCAAAUUUGCUGGACUUGGACGAGCAAUUGGGACAACUGAUGUAGGUCAGCAUGUGCGCAUGGUCAGGGAAGUUCAUGAAGAAGUGAAUCAAGAGAGGGAAAAGGCAACUGAGUUGAAGCAAAAGAGACAAGAACAGGCAACAAAUCGUCGGGAGAAACUCAAACAAGCUUAUCUACGGAAGCAGCUCGAGAAACUGAAGGCCCAACGACAACUACAACAAGAACAACAACAAGAGCAAAAAUCUUGAUUUUUUCACUUCGCCAAGCUUUGGGAUUUUGAGUUGUGGCCUGAACGCAGAGAAGACAAUGACUGAGUUGUGUCGACGGAACCAGAACUGAUUUUGAUAUGGCUGCAACAAAAACAUAUAAGCCAUCAUUGAAAAUUCCAAACACUUCUUCUGGGAUGAAGCUGUAAUUUAUAUGCUCUUAAAGCGAUAUAUGUACUGUGGGUUGUUAAGCUAUAUCAAUCAACAGAUUCUACGCCAAGGAUAUAGACAACACUUUUAACAAAUCUUUAUAAAUUUUUCUAUAAGUCAAGUACUGAGACACCUUUUUUA